AUGUCUCUCCAUCGUGUCUCCUAUCUGGAGUCAUGGCAGCAUAGUCCGCCAGCUUUCCUCCGCCGCAGAGGUUCCAAUGCAAGCUCACAUGAUGAAGAGAAUGAUACCCAAUACCUGCCAGAAUCGACGGCUUCAUCAUUUCCCUCCUCAAUCGGUCAAUACUCUAUCAGAAACAGAUUGAAUUUCAAUCCUUAUUCUGGGCCAUCAUGGGCUGAAAGCACGCAUGGAGACGCGGAUGACGAGAGGGAAUCUCUCAUCGGGAAUGAGGCAGCAGAGACCAGAGACAGUCCAGAUGUUUCAAGGGAGACUGGGAUUUCAGAGCAUGAUGAACCUCCACGGGAUGCUGCGCAGUGGGAUAUCCUGGACACCACGGGUGCUUUUGAGGUGCACAAGGGGAAGAGAAUCGCCCAAGUUCUUGUCGCUGUCAUAUAUUGUCUACUCGCGGCUGGUAUCGUGUUUGGAUUCGCUGCCAUAAAGCCGGUACUGAUUCGAGAGGGGGUCUAUCGCGAUUACUGUACGAAGGAAGAGUUGCAAAGAGGAGACCUGGUUUGUUACGGCCAGGAAAUUCGAUUGAAUCUAAUGUUUACUGUAGCCGCCGUCGCCACCAAUGUCUGUGCUCUUCCCGUCGGGACAAUUCUCGAUGUGUAUGGCCCACGAGUCAGCGGCAUAAUUGGGAGCAUAUGUCUAGCUUUGGGUGCUUCCCUCUUUGCGUUCUCUCAGGAUCUACCAUUCGAUGGAUAUAUGCCCGGAUACCUAUUCCUGGCCUUGGGUGGACCAUUUGUCUUUAUUUCGUCGUUCCAUCUCUCCAAUACGUUUCCGACCCGCUCUGGCUUAAUCUUGUCAAUGCUCACUGGUGCUUUCGAUGCCUCAAGCGCUCUCUUUCUGAUCUUCCGUAUCUUGAAUGAAACAACAGCCGGAAGCUUCUCUGUCAAAACAUUUUUCACAUUGUAUCUCGUCGUGCCCCUCUUCAUUCUGGCUGCGGAGAUAUUCUUAAUGCCAUCAACUUCUUACAAGACCGCUGGGGAGCUUGUCCAGCAGGCUCAAGGGGAAAUUGCGGCCGAGGUUAACGACAGAUUGGAUGAGAGUGUCGAUCAGUCCGAGCGCGAAAGACAGAGGAACGAGCGCAGAAUCCGUCGUGAAAGCGUUGUGAGUUCGAUUAGGGAUCUUCUGGACGAUGGAACUGGUGACCGCAAGAUAUCCGAUCUGAAUUUCGACCCUUCUGAUCCCGAGUUUUCCAGUCGGCAGCAGGAAUUUGUCAAGAAACAGUCUCCGCUGCCAGCCGAGAACACUCACUCCGUUGGUGGCGUCUGGGGUGCUAUGCAUGGCGCUUCCGCACUAGAGCAGAUCAAGUCGCCGUGGUUCAUUCUCAUCACCCUUUUCACCGUCAUUCAAAUGUUACGGAUCAACUAUUUUGUUGCUACGGUUCGCCAGCAGUACACAUAUCUUCUUGGCUCUCCUAGCCAAGCAGACCAGUUGAACCGGAUCUUUGACCUACUCCUCCCAUUGGGCGGUCUAUUGUCUGUUCCUUUCAUUGGCACUAUACUUGACACGGCGACUACCCCAGUCGUACUUCUGGUUCUUGUGGCCGUUGCAACCUUAAUUGGCAUAUUAGGCUGCAUCCCGGGUAGUCCAGCGGCAGGCUAUGCUAACAUCGCGCUCUUCGUCCUUUAUCGACCAUUCUAUUACACUGCUGUCUCUGACUACUCAGCGAAGGUGUUCGGCUUUCAGACCUUUGGCAAAGUGUACGGUCUGGUUAUAUGUCUUGCUGGUAUCUGUAACUUCGCCCAGGCCGGCCUGGAUGCUCUUACGUUCAAAGCAUUCCAUCGAAACCCGAUACCAAUCAACGCUAUGCUUACUUUGGUGGCAUUUCUUGUAGGGACAGUUCUGGUGAGCUUCGUCUGGUGGAAGGCCAGAAUAAUGGCGGCGUCUGGGGUAUAUAGUGAUGUGGCAGCGGUGCAAGGGACGCGAGAUGACACUCCAGGGGAACGGCAACCGCUUCUUAGCUGA